AUGGCCUCUACUUCAGGACAUGCAGCUGUUGUGAACCUCCAAGAAGCGCUCGGGUACAAUGGCUUACCUCUGGCACGUUUCAACGCGCCUGCCAGUCUGCUCCAGAACCCAAUCUAUCGGAAGUCGCUUCUGAGCUUGGUGGGCAGAAGUCGAAGGGCCCUGGAUGCGGGAGAACGGGAGUCAGUCUGGGAGCCGAGGCAAGAGUUUCUCCAGCUCAUGCACGAGGGAAAUGGCGACAGUCUGCUGAACACUCUUAGCUGGGCAGCAGAGGUUUGCUAUCGGACCAAUGGAAUUCGUGCGGAAGACGUCGAGCUCCUGCUGAAGCUGGUCUCAUUCCUGGAAGAGUACCUCAGAGUGCCGCAGCUCUUGUCCACGAAUGUGCGCAUUGACAUCAACCUGAGGCAGAAGGCCAGACAGAAUCAGGAACGCUGGGGCGAGUACAACAGAAGUCUGCGUCAGCAUGAGAAGGACUGCUUCUCCCAGAGAGUCAAGCCGCUGCUAGAAGUCAAGGGCUAUGCUCCGGAAGAUGUUACAGAUCUGCUGGAGGUAGAGUGGGAAGAGUUCUGCUCUAAGAGAGAGAAGGCACGUGACAAGUACUUCGAGCAGACCGGAAACCCGAGCUUUCCGCCGUGGCCCAAGGGGAGGCUCACCUUUGAAGAAAGGGCCUUCGGGCACACGCUGGCGCUCGGCCUUGAGGCAGGUCACGGCAACAACUGGCAGCUUCUCUCGCAGCUGACGUCCCCAACCUUCCCAAACGAGCUCUCCAAAGAAGAAUACGUGCGUCUGGCUGUGAUCGAACUCCUGGAAGACGCAAACCAGCGCGAGCAGACGGAGGUCUACAUUCCGCGGUUAGGGGAACUGACGCGAGCGGAAAAGGCAGAGCUGCGUCUUCUGCGCACGAGAAUUCUAGACGGCCGCGAGCUCCGCUGGGCGGAAUUCCGGAGCAGGAAGGGGGAACAGUACCCAAACCAGCUCACCUCGGUGCAGCUCCUGGCUUUGGCAGCGGGGCUGCCGUCGACGAGGUUCAGAGUCAGAGAUGCGGACACGGGAAGGCAGCCGUCUGCAGCGGGUUAUCCCCUUCGAGAGUUCGACAUCGGCCUGGCCUUGAGGGAGCCGGAUGAUCCCCUUCUUCUGCUUUUGGAAAGGCACCAAAUUCCGAUCGCCCGAUUCAUUGCUCCAAGGAGACCGGAACCUGCUGGGGGAGAACGAACCAGGGGAGAAGGGCCAGCCGGGAGAGCGGAGCAGGACUUCGGACCGCCUAGCCUGGGGAGAGACCGAUUCGAGCGCAGAACGGGCACGCAGUCAGCAAGACAUUCUGUUCCGAGCGUCGGGAUGAAGAACGGCCGGCACGGUCCCACGUCCGAUAAGGAGAAGAGCGCGCGCGCGACCGCGAGCGCGCGCUCAGCCCGACGCGCGAGGAGCGGUAUCCACGUAGAAGCCGAAGGGGCCGCAGCCCCAGUUCAUCCUCGUCAGAAGCCCCAGCCGGGACGAAACACCGGCGCCGGAAGCACGGAAAAGGAUUCCGCAAACGGAAGUACCGACGGAGCAGCAGCAGCAGCAGUUCGUGGGACGCGUCCGAGGUGUGAAGAUGCGGGACGGGAGCUGUCACAGAAGAAGCAAGCCAAGAUUGAUGCGGACAUCUGGGAGUUUUAUCGCAAGCAACGUACGGAAGGGGAGAAGAUGAUGGCCAAGAGCGGAACCAGCUUCGGGAGCGGAAACCGGAACAGGGGCCCCGGAAACCGGAAUGAUCGGAACGACCGGAACGAGCGGGGCCGGAAUCAGGGACGGCGCGGCCGCGACCGAGACCGCUCGAGGUCGCGCACCCCAUCCGCGGAGCGCAGGCGCCGGAACGAUAGGUGA